AUGGAAGCGCCGAAGAAACGUAUACCGGAUAAUAUAAGGGCAGAAUUUGAAGACAGUACCGAUAGUGAAGCAAGCUUUACCGAUGAGGAAGAUUCGGAUGAGGAGCUACGCCAAGCGUUUCUUCGCAAUGAGCUGAAACCAGGUCUAAAUGUGAUAGUGCGCAAAGAAAAGGCACCGGUGAACGAUAAGAUACAGCUGAAAUCGGCACUCGAGACAUGCGUUCUCAAAGUCCCGUGGCUGGAGCGUAUGGAUCUUGUAAACGAUCUAGCUCCGCUCACACCCGAGCUGGCGAUACAAAUCGAAAAGCACGAGCAAAAGCGUGAAAACCAGUUCAAGGGCAACCGGAAGAUACCGUACGUUGCGCCCGAAGCCGAUACCGUGCUGAACGACUUCAAGCGCGAGAUUCUGUUCCACCGUCAGGCUCAGGCGGCCACUGUCGAGGGCAUUAGGAAGCUGCACGACCUUGGCGUCGCAACCAAGCGGCCGGACGAUUAUUUCGCCGAGAUGGCCAAAUCGGACGAACACAUGCAGCGCAUCCGGAAGGUGCUGCUCGACAAGCAGGAAGGUAUCGCGAAGUCGGAACGCAUUCGGCAGCUACGGGAGCAGCGCCGUAUCGGCAAGCUGAUACAGCGCCAGGCGACGGAGAAGCGCGACGAGGAGCGAAGAAAAAUGUUGGGCGACAUUAAGAAGUUCCGCAAGGGUAAGCUGGCCAACCUUGACUUCCUGGACGAUGACGAUGGUCCGCGGGGUGAGUUCCGGAAGUCGGGCAACGCGCCGGGCAAAGGUAAGAAGGGCAAGACGGUAAGCGCGAAACGGAAGGCACGUGAUGCAAAGUUUGGUUUCGGUGGACGUAAGAAGGGCAUGAAGCAGAAUACGAAGGAAUCGUGCAUUAACGAUGGCCCGCGAAGAAGCAUGGGUGGAGGGAAGGGACGGAAGAAGGGUGGCAAAGCGGGCGCAAACAGUCGACCAGGGAAGUCGCGCCGGGCACAGAUGAAGGGUGGUAAGGGUGGUGGGCGCAAGAAGUAA